CAACCAGAAUUCACAUCUUGUCAGCCAGUCAAAAGGUCCAGCCAGUCAAGGUUCUGCGCAGACGUAUCGUAAGUCUCCCCCCUCCAAAAGCUACAAUGACCAAAAUGGCUUCCCUACUUCGCAACCUGUCAUAUCGCUUUACGCCUACGCCUUCGUCCGAGUUCCGGAAGGCCAAGAACGAAGAGACUCUCUUCACAAAGACAGACCCUGCCGUCGACGGUGAAGAGUGCUUACACGACUGCGAGGCAUGUUCGAUCAAAUAUCCCCGCAAGUUCGAGAUCGAUGAAGAGGACAAGGUCUAUGGAAACAUUGCUGGCUGGAACACGCAUUUGAUCGUCGCGACUGGAAAGAGCGACUGGGUGCGCGAUGUCUGUGACGAAAAGGGCAGUGUCAUGGAGGCUGUCGGAAAGACAGAGGAGCCCACCAAUGGCAAGAUGAUGCUCUCUGCCUCCAACAUGCCCAUACCGCACACAUCACACUCCGAUCCUGACGGCCAGGUCCGCACUACUGUCUUGCUACUUCCAGCCUUCAAGUUCAUCGACCACGUUACUCCAGCCGCCGUGCCAGACCUCAUUCGACACUGCGUCAACACCGCGCCGACGAACACCACCCCACUUGCAGACCCAUUUUCGGACAACUCCCUCACAACGACACCGCUGCCAGGAAGUCUGGAGUUCAGAGACUGUCCUCACAACUACUUGAUUCUCCUGUGCUCCCACGCAACGAGAGACGCCAGAUGUGGCCAGUCUGCUCCCCUGCUGAAGAAAGAACUCGAAAGACAACUACGGCCUUUGGGUCUGGCCCGCGACUUUGACGAUGAGCGUCCGGGUGGUGUUGGUAUCUACUUCAUCAACCACGUUGGUGGCCACAAGUAUUCGGCAAAUGUUCUCGUCUACAGAAGACGCCUAUCACCUGAAGGCAAGCCAUUGAACGAGGCCGCUCAGUGUAUAUGGUUGGCAAGAAUCAAGCCCCAGGAUUGUGAGAACCUUGUCCGUUAUACCGUGCUGCAAGGCAAAGUAGUCAAGCCCGGAGAGCAACUGCGAGGAGGCUUUGAUCGCUCGACUCAAUUGACGAGCUGGUAGAGAGAAAGAGAGAACGGGACAAUAGAGGGAAAGCUUAUAUAUAUAAGAAGCCUAACAUGCUAUCGGCCUUACUUGCACUUGACAUACGCAGAAUCAAUUAUGGGCCGCUCCCAUAUCGCUAUUCAUCUCAAAGCAACCAUCCAUCGUUAUCAUUACUGGCGUUAAAGGCAGGUGUCGAAUUGGAUCGAUCCAAUCCCAGUGUUAGUUUCGGCAUUUGGAUGAUGGGAAGACCAAUCUGCGGCGGUGAAUCCCCCUUCUUCGAACUUU